AUGGGGUUUGGUAGGGGGCUCCCAUUAUGGGCCCUAAUGUUUGCGAUCUGCUGUAUCCAACAAAAAGCUUCUGGCGCAGAAAAUCCCGAAACUGUCACCAUCAUCCCACCACUGACGACCACGCCAGUUAUGACUUCCUUCAAUCCAGCUCACAACGGACGUGUAUGUAGCACAUGGGGCAACUUCUACUACAAGACGUUUGAUGGUGACAUCUAUCAUUUCCCCGGAGUCUGCAACUAUAUCUUUGCCUCACACUGCAAUGCUCCCUUUGAGGACUUCAGCAUCCAGAUCAGGCGGACAAGUGGGGAAAAUGCUACCCGUGAGAUCAAAACGGUCACCUUGCAAGUUGUUGGGAUGAACAUUGAAAUGGAAAUGGAUGGUGUUUCCGUCAAUAAUGAAAGGGUUCAGCUGCCUUACAGUGAAUCUGGAUUCAAUAUUGAGACAAUUGGAAACUAUGUGAUGGUGUUUGUAAAACAGAGUCUACAGCUCAUGUGGAAUAAAGACGACAGCCUAAUGCUGGAACUGAACGAAAAAUACGCCAACCAGACCUGUGGGCUUUGUGGGGAUUUCAAUGGCAUUAAAACUUACAACGAAUUCUAUUCAAACAAUGCCAAGAUAACUCCACUGCAGUUUGGAAAUAUGCAAAAGAUGAAUGGGCCAACAGAAGACUGUGAAGAUCCUACAUCAUCAUCUCUGAUAAGCUGUGCUAAUGUUUCUAAUGUUUGCCAGGAAAUACUGACAGGCCCUGCCUUCUCUGAUUGCAAUGAUGUGGUGGAGGUGAAUGAAUACAUCGAAUAUUGUGGGCAGGACUUGUGUUCCUGUGACCAGAAUGCAAUGUUCUCCUGUCUCUGCGACACUUUUGCCGAAUACUCCCGGCAAUGUGCUCAUGCCGGUGGGCACCCUGGGAACUGGAGAGCCCCUGAUUUAUGCCCAAAGACAUGUCCUUUCAACAUGCACUAUCAAGAAUGUGGAUCCCCUUGUGCUGACACUUGCACCAACUCUGAAAGAUCUCAGCUCUGUGAAGACCACUGUUUGGAUGGCUGCUUCUGUCCUGCAGGGACAGUAUAUGAUGACAUCAAUGGCUCUGGCUGCAUCCUCAUUCAGGAGUGUUCCUGCGUUUACAAUGGCAAAACCUAUGCUCCGGGGACAACUUAUUCAGACCACUGCCGGUCCUGUUCUUGCAGUGGAGGCCAGUGGAGCUGCACAGAGAUGCCCUGCCCAGGCAUUUGCUCUGUAGAAGGUGGAUCACACAUCUCCACUUAUGAUGAAAAGCGUUAUGACGUGCAUGGAGACUGUACUUAUGUUCUCUCUAAGGUCUGUGAUGAAGAAACUUUUACUGUUCUGGGCGAACUCCGAAAGUGUGGCCUAACAGACACGGAAACAUGUUUAAAGAUGGUCGCCCUCAGCAUCAAUGGAGGCCUAACUACCAUUGUGGUGAAACCUGGUGGCGCUGUGUUUGUCAACUGGAUCUACACUCAGCUGCCUAUCUCAGCAGCUAACGUGACCAUCUUCAGACCUUCAUCUUUCUUCAUCAUGGUGGAAACAAACAUGGGCCUUCAGCUGGAGAUCCAGCUCACACCCAUCAUGCAACUCUUUGCUCGUUUGGAUCCCUCUUUUAAAGGGAAGACUUGUGGCCUCUGUGGAAACUUUGACAGCCGUCAGACAGAUGACUUCAAAGCCAUAAGUGGUGUGGUGGAAGGAACAGCACCUGCAUUUGCAAACACAUGGAAAACUCAGGCUGUGUGUCCCAACAUCAAACAGAAUUUUGAGGACCCGUGCUCGCUUAGCAUUGAGAACGGCCUCUGUGGAAACUUUGACAGCCGUCAGACAGAUGACUUCAAAGCCAUAAGUGGUGUGGUGGAAGGAACAGCACCUGCAUUUGCAAACACCUGGAAAACUCAGGCUGUGUGUCCCAACAUCAAACAGAAUUUUGAGGACCCGUGCUCGCUUAGCAUUGAGAACGGUAGGAAAAAUAACUGCAUGUUUGACACCUGCAACUGUGAGAGAAGCGAGGACUGCAUGUGUGCUGCCCUCUCCGCCUAUGUCAGGUCCUGUGCUGCCAAAGGAGUUGAACUUCCUGGAUGGAGGACUACUGUCUGUUCCAAAUACAUGACUUCAUGCCCCAAAUCCCUGAACUACAGCUAUACCAUCAGUUCCUGUCAACCUACCUGUAGGUCCCUGAGUGAACCAGAUGUUACCUGCCACGUCAAAUUUGUCCCAGUUGAUGGCUGUGUAUGUGCAAAUGGAACCUACAUGGAUGACUUUGGAAAAUGUGUGCCUGCCAGUAGUUGUCCCUGCUAUUACAGAGGAACAGCUGUACCACCUGGUGAAGUUCUCCAUGAAGCUGGUGUUGUCUGCACUUGUGCUCAAGGGAAGCUGAACUGCAUUGGAGACGAGAACUUGAAGUCAGUGUGUGCUCCUCCCAUGGUCUAUUUUGACUGCAAAAAUGCCACCAGCGGAAGCACUGGAGCUGAAUGUCAGAAGAGCUGUCAGACUCUAGAUAUGCAGUGU